UUUUAAUCGUCAAAUAAUCAUAUAUUAUAAUAUACAACAGCAAUAAUGUCAGAUAAAAAAAAUGUAGAUUUCAACUCUAUUUAUUGUGGACUUCAACCUGACUUGGGUCGUUUUCGUUUAUCACAAAAUGGUCUUGGUUGGAAAGGAGGACGUGAUCGUACGAUCAUUGUUGCUACGGAUGAUCUUAAAAAAAUGACUUGGCUUAGAGCUGCAAGAGGAUAUGAAUUAAGAAUUGUACAAAAGGACAAUACUAUAUUACGAUUUGAUGGGUUUAAACUUGAAGAUUUGGAAGAAUUAAAGGAGGCAGCUAGAAUAUUUUAUAAGAUCACAGUUGAAAUUAAAGAAGUGAGUGUUAAAGGUUGGAAUUGGGGUAAAACAGAGUUUCAAGGAUCCAAUCUUACUUUUAAUGUUGGAAAUAAAACUAUGUUUGAAUUACCUCUUGAACAAGCUAUUGCAACCAAUAAGCCUGGUAAAAAUGAAGUAGCCAUCAACUUUGUUGAUCCCGGACAACCUGCUCCUGAUGGCAUUGAUCCCAAAAAAGUAGAUGAGUUAAUGGACAUUACCUUUUAUAUUCCUGGUACAGUUGCUAAAGAAGUGACGGAUGAUGCUAAUGUAGAUGAAGAGGAAGAAGAAGUAAAUGCUGACAUGGUAUUUUAUGAAACUGUAAAAUCCAAGCUAGAACUCAGUCAAAUGACAACAGAAAAUAUUGUACAAUUCCAAGAAGCAUUAUGCUUGACACCUCGUGGUCGUUACAAUAUCGAUAUGUAUCAAGACUUUCUUCGCUUGCGUGGUAAAACAUACGAUUACAAGAUUCUUUAUUCCAAUAUCAUCAAACUAUUUUUACUUUUAAAACCCGAUGAAGUGCAUGUUUUAUUUGUGAUUGGUUUGGAUCCACCUCUUAGACAGGGACAAACAAAAUAUCCAUUCCUUGUAUUUCAGUUUGUGCGUGAAGAAGAGAUUGAUGUAGACUUAAACUUGGAAGAUCAAACUUUAGAUGAGAAAUAUGAGAAUAAGCUCCAAAAGCAUUAUGAUGCACCUACAUUUGAAGUCGUUAGUAAUGUCUUCCAAGCUUUAACAGGAAGAAAAGCAAUUACUCAAAGUACUUACAGAAGUCAUCAUGGUGCCACUGCACUUAAAUGCUCAAUGAAAGCUAAUGAAGGCUUCCUUUAUCCCUUGGAUAAAUGUUUAUUAUUUAUUCCUAAACCUCCUACAUAUAUUCCAUUGAACGAGAUUUCUAUCGUUACUUUCUCCCGUGUUGGUCAGUCAGGCGGUAGUUCGCGUACAUUCGAUAUGAAAAUUAACAUGAAGAGUGGCAAUGAUAUUCAAUUCUCUAGUAUUAACAGAGAAGAGUAUGCCAAUAUUGAAGAUUAUUUGAAGCAAAAGAAGAUUAAGGUCAAGUCUGAGGGUAAUGAAGAAACAAUUUUGACUUAUACAGAUCUUGCAGAGUUAGAUGAGGAAGAUGAGGAUGAGGAUGAAUAUGAUUCUAGAAAGAAACGCAGGACUGGUAACGGUCCUACCGAUGAUGGUUAUAGCGAUGAAGAUGAAAGUCCUGAUGAGGAUUUUGCACCCGAUAGUGAAAGUGAUGUCCCUGAAGAAUAUGAUUCAGAUGCUCAGGGUCCUUCUUCUGGAGAAGAAGAAGAAGAGGAUUAAAACAAAAAUGAAAACAAUAAAUUUUACAUUUAAUAAUACGUUACUUUUAUGAUAUUAAGUAAUACCCAUUUACUAGAAGAAGAAAAAAAAAGUUCUUACUGUCAUACAUCUUUCACUAAAAUGUCGUAAGAAAAAAUCAAAUAAAAUUAUUAAAAAAUAAAUAAAUAAUGUAAUGCCUUUCAAAAUAUACAUCGCAUAUUGCAUAUAACUGUGUAUUACAUAGGGCGGUCUGUAAGGCAGCUAUCAAAAUAUUUAACGAAAUAGCACGUAAACCCUUCAAAAGAUGAUGAUUGAAUAACUUGGUUGCAACCCCUUGCGAUUAGAGAAAUAGUAUUUCCCCCCCCUUUUUUUUUUUAAUCAUAUUUCAGUGACUUUAAGUCUUGGAAGUAAAAAUGGUAGUACAGUAUGGU